GUCGCACUUCAAUUACGUCACUCGUGCGUGCGCCUUCUGCUCUGAGAUGUAAACAGCAACCUCAUAGCCUACUCGAACAUUACAGUUUUGAUUAAUAAUCAUUUUUGAGCUGGUUAGUUUAAAACAUAUUCGGACCGAGUAAAGAUAAGAAUGGCAAACGACAAAAUCGCACGUUGGAGAGAUUUACUGCGAAAAAGACUCGCCUCUAUGAAACAAGAUGGCAAAACAGUGGAGGAGAAGAAAGCAGAGGAAACUGAACUGUUCACCAAGUAUUACACUGAAUGGAAAGGAGGCGAGAAAGCAGAAGUUGACUCAUUUAAACAAAUCCCACGCUUCUACUACAGGCUUCCUGCAGAAGAUGAAGUCUUGCUGCAGAAACUCAGAGAAGAAUCGAGGGCAGUGUUUCUCCAGAGGAAAAGCCGGGAACUAUUGGACAAUGAAGAGUUACAAAACCUUUGGUUUCUUCUCGAUAAGCAUCAAGUGCCGCCCACGACCGGUGACGAGGCCAUGAUCAGUUAUGAGAGUUUCCUAAAGGUUGGAGAACAAGCAGGCGCCAAAUGCAAGCUUUUCUUCACUGCCAGAGUCUACGCCAAGCUACUUCAUAAUGAUCCGUAUGGGAGGAUAUCAAUUAUGCAGUUCUUCAACUAUGUCAUGAGAAAAGUGUGGCUGCACCAAACCAGGAUUGGUUUGAGUCUCUAUGAUGUUGCAGGUCAGGGUUAUCUUCGUGAGUCUGAUUUGGAGAACUACAUCCUAGAGUUAAUUCCCACACUCCCCCAACUAGAUGGCCUGGAGAAAUCUUUCUACUCGUUUUAUGUUUGCACUGCCGUUCGCAAGUUCUUCUUCUUCCUUGAUCCUCUACACACUGGAAAGAUUAAAAUUCAGGACAUCCUGGCUUGCAGUUUCUUGGAUGACCUACUUGAGCUUCGAGACGAGGAACUAUCAAAGGAGAGUCAGGAGUCCAACUGGUUCUCUGCACCUUCUGCUCUUCGUGUUUAUGGACAGUACCUUAAUCUGGAUAAGGACCAUAAUGGGAUGCUCAGUAAGGAAGAACUGUCUCGCUAUGGCACCGGAACUCUAACUAGUGUUUUUCUAGACCGUGUCUACCAGGAAUGCUUAACCUACGACGGUGAAAUGGACUAUAAGACCUAUCUAGACUUUGUGCUGGCUCUGGAAAACAGGAAAGAGCCUGCAGCCCUUCAGUAUAUUUUCAAACUGCUAGACAUGGAAAACAAAGGCUAUCUCAACGUAUUCACCCUCAACUACUUCUUCAGGGCUAUUCAGGAACAAAUGAAAAUACAUGGGCAGGAGCCAGUUUCCUUCCAGGAUGUUAAGGAUGAAAUCUUUGAUAUGGUGAAGCCCAAAGAUCCGUGUAAGAUCACAUUACAGGACUUGGUGAACAGUGGUCAGGGUGAUACCGUCACUAGUAUCCUCAUCGACCUCAAUGGCUUCUGGACUUACGAGAACAGAGAGGUGCUGGUGGCUAAUGACACUGACAGCAACACAGCCGAUUUAGACGAUACAUGAAAUCCCUCUGUAUAGCCUAGUCAAGUUUUGCUAUGGGACCCUAACCUUCAGCCAAGAGGAAUACACAGAAUAGCUCAGUUGUAUAUAGAAUUGUUUAUUAAGUAAUGUUAUGUACAAAACAAACUGUAUUUUUUCACCUACAUUAUAGAAAGGUAGGUGUAUUUUCACCUACAUAAUACAAAAUUAUUAUACACAAAUAAAUUAAACAGUCUUCAAAAUGAAAAGCAUUUGUUUGUGUAAGGGGGGUAGAGAAAUUGAAUUCAAAAAUCAUGGGUAAAGCACAGAUUUAUAGCACACACAAAAAGCGUGUUCGCAUAGUAAAUAAUAUUUAGUACGAAAAAUAGCUGUUUGAAAGAGAGGGUCUACCCAUCUGACCAUUUACACUACCUUACACAACUCAUCAGUAACAUAGAAAUUUCUAAUAUUACAACUAAUGUCUCAGCAUCUUCAGAAAUAUUCAAUCCAUGCAGUUUUGAAUGUGUUUGGCAGACUUCUUAGGGGUUUAUCAUUAUUAAAACGUACAAUGAAUUGUUGUAGUGACUAAAAGAGGUUUUAUGUAUGGCUUUAUAAAAUGAUUGCUAAAAUAGUUCUGUGUUCAAAGCAGAAACAUUGUCAGCUAUGCACAAACAACAUGUUACCUUCAUGUUCAAAUGAUAAACUUUA